AUGUCCGACACGGGUAGCUCGAGCGCACACUCCGACGAUACGGACGACGACUACCGUGCGAGCAGCGAAGAGGAUGAUCCAACGAAACCGCCAUCGAAGCGUCGCAGGCUUCCCACACCGCCAUCCGACGCUGCGUCGCGCCGUCCUCGGUUUCGGAUCCCAAGGGCAGCAGCCGCUGCAGGUCGUGAAGGUGCCGAACGGGAAGACAGCAGGGUGCGAACGACGACUGCGAAGGACCCUUACACGACCCCCCCGAACACUAAUCAUGGACCGGACACAUACGCCCACUCCCGACCUCCUAUUGAUGACGAGACGCGUAGUUGCCCUCUUCCGUUGUUGGCCCGAGGGGAAGCCGUGAUGCUUUCAUCUACAGUGGCCCAAGUCGUUUUCGAGAUGGUCACGGGCCGUCCAAUGACCGCCUCAGAUCUCGCGAGUGAGACGACAGCCGCGGCUGACACCGAGAGAGAUUGCAGCGAACGGAAGGUCGAGGGUCUGGAUGGGAAAAGACGUCGCUGGACUCGAGAGGAGGACAACCGUCUAAUGGCCCUGAAGCGGGACGGCUUCUCUUGGCCGGAGAUCGAGGAGCGGUUUCCACACAGACAGCUCGGCUCAUUGCGGCAGCGAUGGUGCACAAAACUUCGGAAUACGCACGCAAGCAACCCUCCCACCGACAAGCUGAGGCAAGAGGGGAAAUGUCUUGCGUCGGCUGGUGAACCCCUUCCAAUAUCGAAGCCGCCCACACCCCUCGAAACUUCACAUCGCUAUCCCGGCGGACAACCCCAACCAGCAGAUGAUCCGGCCACGCCGAAUGCGAAACCCCGCACACCAUCUCCGUCCUCAACAGUGACCGCCAUGUGCCCAGUGUGCAAUUCUGUGGUCGAGGUGGAGGCCUCCAGUGCGUUCCAUGCCGCCAACAAUCGCAUGCGGGUCCGCGAGCAGCUGCGGUUCUGCGAGAAGCACCGGAAGGAAACCGCACGGCGCGAGUGGUCCCGACUUCGUUAUCCCAUCAUUGCUUGGGACCGCCUAGAUGAUCGGUUGACUCAAUUCCAUCCUCGCCUGCGCCGGAUCCUCGAUGACUCCGGGUACCGCUCCCCCUAUAAGAGUGUUGUGCUCAAGAAAUACCGGCUACUAUGGCCUUAG